CGGUAGCUUCUACCUCGAGAGUGCGUUGCCAUAAACUACCAGCAAAGGAUAAAGCAGAGCUUUUCCAGUUAGAGCACUUCUCCAGGGAACCAUGGCAGAGAAGAUCCUGGUGACCGGCGGAGCUGGCUACAUCGGCAGUCACUGUGUGCUGGAGCUGGUGGAGGCUGGCUACAUCCCCGUGGUCAUAGACAACUUUCACAAUGCCAUCCGAGGGGCAGAUGCACUCCCUGAGAGCCUCCGGCGCGUGCAGCAGAUUGUGCGCCAGCCCAUCCUCUUCCAGGAGCUGGAUAUCACUGACAAGGAAGCACUGCAGGAGCUCUUCAGUAAGCACCAUUUUUCAGCCGUGAUGCACUUUGCGGGGCUGAAGGCAGUGGGAGAGUCUGUGCAGAAGCCCCUGGAGUACUACAGGGUGAACCUUACUGGGACCAUCUGCCUGCUGGAGACCAUGAAAGCCCACAGCGUGAGGAACAUCGUGUUCAGCAGCUCUGCCACUGUCUACGGAGACCCCAAGUACCUGCCCCUGGAUGAGAACCACCCUGUUGGAGGCUGCACCAACCCCUAUGGCAAAUCCAAGUACUUCAUUGAGGAGAUGAUUCAAGAUCUCUGCAAAGCAGAGAGGGACUGGAACGCCGUUCUCCUGCGUUAUUUCAACCCCAUUGGUGCCCAUGAAUCAGGCAUGAUCGGAGAAGAUCCUCAGGGGAUCCCAAACAACCUCAUGCCCUAUGUGGCGCAGGUGGCAGUGGGGCGCCGGGAAUUCCUGAAUGUGUUUGGGAAUGACUAUGGGACAGACGAUGGAACAGGUGUCAGGGAUUACAUCCAUGUCGUGGAUUUGGCCAAGGGCCAUAUCGCUGCUUUGAAGAAGCUCAAGGAGAACUGCGGCUGCAAGAUCUACAAUCUGGGCACAGGCACCGGCUACUCUGUCCUGCAGAUGGUCCGGGCCAUGGAGAAAGCCUCAGGGAGGGAGAUCAAGUACAAGAUCACAGGCCGGCGGGAGGGGGACGUGGCCUCCUGCUACGCCAACCCAGCGCUGGCCGAGCGUGAGCUGGGCUGGAAAGCUGCAUUUGGCCUGGACAAGAUGUGUAAGAUCAUCCCCCCGCCCCCAUCCCCGGCAGGCCAUUUUCUUACUUUCUCACAGUGGCAGCUCUGUUCUGCUUCCCCUCAGCUGGAGCUGCAGCCCCCAGAAAUGGCACCCUGGGGCCUCCUGCUAAUCCACUCCCCCCGCCCCCCUCCCCACCCCCCAAGCCUCUGUUACAGAGGUGCUGACGGUGCUUCCUGCCCAGCCAUGAAUGACACCAGCUCAGCUCUGGGAGAGGUUUACGAUUUAUUUAACCUUUUAUCUGAUUCUGUGGAACACACACAAAAACCCCCAAACAUUUACAAGGAAGACAAAAGAGAGAGAAGAAGAAGAAAGAAAAAAAAAAAGCUGUAUUGAGGAAUGGAGAGAAGCCGUUCUCCCUCCCGGGUCCUCAGCACGGCCCCAGCCAGGCGCGUGCUG